UGCCCGCGUGCCCGGGUUGGUCGCCUUUCAUAGGCUUCUGCCCGGGAGUCCCUCCUCCACCGCCGCCGCCGCCUUCCCCCCGUGAUGGCGGAGGACAGCGAGUCUGCAGCCAGCCAGCAGAGCCUCGAGCUGGACGACCAGGACACCUGCGGCAUCGACGGCGACAAUGAGGAGGAGACGGAGCACUCCAAGGGAAGUCCAGGAGGAGACCUGGGAGCUAAGAAAAAGAAAAAGAAACAGAAGCGAAAAAAAGAAAAGCCAAACUCUGGAGGAACCAAAUCGGACUCUGCAUCUGACUCCCAGGAGAUUAAAAUUCAGCAGCCGUCAAAAAAUCCGGCCAUCCCAAUGCAGAAGCUGCAAGAUAUUCAGAGAGCCAUGGAAUUACUGUCUGCAUGCCAAGGACCAGCAAAGAACAUUGACGAAGCAACCAAACGUAAAUACCAGUUUUGGGAUACGCAGCCAGUACCCAAGCUUAGUGAAGUUAUAACAUCUCAUGGUGCAAUUGAACCAGAUAAAGACAAUAUCCGUCUAGAGCCAUAUUCAUUACCACAGGGUUUUACAUGGGACACUUUGGAUCUGAGCAAUGCUGAAGUUCUGAAGGAGUUAUACAUGCUGCUAAAUGAGAAUUAUGUAGAAGAUGACGAUAAUAUGUUUAGAUUUGACUAUUCACCAGACUUCCUCUUGUGGGCACUAAGGCCUCCAGGCUGGCUUCCACAAUGGCACUGUGGAGUCAGAGUAUCAUCCAAUAGAAAAUUGGUAGGUUUCAUAAGUGCUAUUCCAGCACAUAUUCGGAUUUAUGAGAGUGAGAAGAAAAUGGUAGAAAUUAAUUUUCUGUGUGUCCAUAAAAAACUCCGAUCUAAGCGAGUAGCACCGGUCUUGAUUCGGGAGAUAACCAGGAGAGUGAACUUGGAAGGAAUUUUUCAGGCAGUUUAUACUGCAGGAGUGGUACUCCCCAAACCCGUAGCAACUUGCAGGUACUGGCAUCGCUCACUAAAUCCGAGAAAGUUGGUAGAGGUGAAAUUUUCUCAUUUGAGUAGAAAUAUGACCUUACAGAGAACAAUGAAACUCUACAGACUUCCCGAUGCUACAAAAACAUCAGGUCUGAGACCUAUGGAACAAAAAGAUAUUAAAGCAGUACAAGAAUUAAUUAACAAUUACUUGAAGCAAUUUAAUCUUUCUCCUUUUAUGGAUGAAGAAGAGGUGGCCCACUGGUUCCUGCCUCAGGAUCAUAUUAUUGACACGUUUGUUGUAGAGAGUUCAAAUGGCAUUUUAACUGACUUCCUGAGUUUCUAUACAUUACCAUCAACCGUCAUGCACCAUCCUGUUCAUAAAAGCCUCAAAGCCGCCUACUCCUUCUACAAUGUUCACACAGAGACCCCACUUUUGGAUCUAAUGAACGAUGCACUCAUUAUAGCAAAGAUGAAAGGAUUUGAUGUGUUCAAUGCACUAGACUUGAUGGAAAACAAAGCAUUCCUGGAAAAACUGAAAUUUGGUAUUGGAGAUGGCAACUUGCAGUAUUAUUUGUACAACUGGAGGUGUCCUGGCAUGGAUUCUGAAAAGGUUGGUCUCGUAUUACAAUGAGGAGGAAGGACAUUUGUAUUUAUAGUACUUGGAAGUACUCACCUGAGCUCCUGGAAGCUAUGUGGAAUGGAAGCUUUUUGAUCAGUGCUGUUCAAGGAGAGCCAAAGCACAAUGCCUAAUAAACUCAAGAAACCCACUGAACACUGGGGGUGUGCACAGGGGAAAGAAGAAAGCCACAGAUGGCUGAUCCUGUGCCCCUUCAGCUCUGGCUGGAAAAGCUCACGAACUUUUUAUUGUUUGUCAAUGAAAAGAAAUAAAGCACAUUUGUUUAAUUUUCAACGCUCAGCUCGCAUCUUGAUGAAAAGGGUUCUCUUCUUCUUCCCCCUUCCUCCCACCUAUAAGACUGUAAACGCAAGUACAGUAGGUGGAACAGAGUCCAAAAAUCUUUACUGUUAAUGUGACUGAACUGCUACAUUUCUAUUUAUUAAGUGGUAGUGUAUGUUUGUCAAUGUAACAAAAAUGAAGGAGCCAAUUAAGUAUUUCUGCUUAUUUCCAUCACAUGGAUGUCAUAGUUGAAGGACGAAAAACCUGGGGAAAUAUGACUGCUUGUUAGGAAACAUGGAAAUCUUGGGUGUCUUUUAUAACUGUGGAGUGAUUCAGAAAUGUGCUGGUUUGACUGGUGCAUUUGGUUUCUCCAUCAGCAAAGCUGCCAAAUCAGUUUUAAAAAAAUACAGAUUUGUACUUUGAUCUCCAGUAGAUCGCUGACUUGAUCCAGCAGCAUUGCAGGUAUUACGUUGCCUGGAUGAUCAUAUAUUAUUCAUCUUGCAAUCUGAGGGAAGCAACCCCUUUAACCUCUUUGGUAGUAGGUUAAGAACAGCCUGUACAUAAAACAAAGAAUUUUAAUACUAUCAGGAUGUUAAGAUUGAAUGUUUUCAAGGCUUUUGCAAACUUGCACAUUCCUUUUGUCUACUUGCUUUUUAAAAAUAAUGUCCAUAAUUUUACACUCGGUAUGUUGUGUAAAUAAGAUAAGCGUUGCUAGUAGUCAUUAGAUCCUGAGUUUUUGGAGCAAAGGAGUUUCAGCUGUCCCUUGAGCUGGGAAAAACUGCACAUGUACACAGAAAUUCUUUCAGAUUCCCCUUCUGAGUGGUGCUGGUCUUUAUCAAUAUGCAACAAUGUCUCUCUCCCUACUCCAUGCCAAUCUUACCAGCACAGCCCAAACUAUAGUUUUUUUCAGGAUGAAGAUGACAGAUCUGUGAAUUCAUCCACCAUUUCCUGUCUUUGUUCUAGAAUGCUCCGCAUGGAUUGUAGUGCCUUGGAGAUGGGACUAGGUAGGCACUAGGACCCAAGUAGAGCAUUCUGGAACAAAGAGAGUCCAGGAAAUGACAGAUGAAUUCACAGAUCUCCUGUCAUCUUUAUCCUGAAAAUGGUACAGGUUGAGGCAUGUUAUCUGCAGUCUGCACCUUGUAACAAUUAACUGUCUCCAAAAGAAAAAAAAAAGGCUGUAGGCAUUGCUUGCUUGAAAGAAGGUCCUAUGCUUGCUUUCCAUCACUUGGGGGAUUGGGGGGGGGGGGGUUUCCUGUGGAUUUGUACAGGUUAAAUACUUCUGUGAAUGAGUCCAUACUCUAAACUGCAGCAACUUCAACCUGGUUCAACUUGCCUUUAAGGCUUGUGAAAUUCAUUCAAAUUGGUGGCUCAAAUACAGAUUUAGCAGAGGAAAAUGUGUUUUGUGAAUUAAAAAGCAACAACUAAGGUUUAGCGGGGAAUUGUUGAGAAAGGAUCACAACUCCUUGCUAGGCUUUGCAGCAUUAGCUGUUAUCUUCUCUGUUCCCACUAUAGAGCUGAGACCACAUCUGGACAGUGCCAUAGGAAGGGAAAAUGGUGCCCGGGGCAAAAUGCCUUUUUAAAAUUAAGAGCAGCCUGCUCCAGUCCAUGGGGCUGCUCCAGGCUGUGGAGGCGGCCUGAAGUGGGGGGGGGGGAGUGAUUCUCCACACACCCCACGCCCAGGGCGUUUGUCCACCCCACCCUGUUGUAGCUCUGCCUAUGCAUCUGGAUGGUAGGAAGCAUAGUUAUAGAUGUAUUUGACUUUCCACAAUCCUUAAAACAACACUGUAAGCAUCAACUUCAACCAGUGUAUAUACAGAUUGUUUUUCAUCUGCUUAAAUCUGUACUAUUUAAUUAUACCUCCUGUAAAUUAUUCAGUUCUUGGGUCUCUCCUUACAACUGCGUGUUAUUUUUUAAUAUUUAUACCACAGCAGUUCAUUGAAUUACUUUCACUCUAAACAGCUAUUCAAGUUGCUACCAUUUUGGCUGCUGAUGAGCAAAUUGAGGUUCUUAAGAGACCAAAUUGAGGUUCUUAGAAGUUGUUGCUCUGAUCUUGGGUGGGCAUUUCAGUCUGUUCAGAAAAUCUUUCUCUAGCAUGAGAUCUGUGAACAUCAUGCAUCUGAAGGUCCAUAUCUUAAAUACUUUUUCUUGCAAGUAUUUGAACUGGUUGAUAUGCUAAAGAAAACGUUUCUUAUAUUAAAAAAAACCAAAUGCACUCAAGACUUGCUUGUGCAUGUGUUAUUUGCCCACUGACACAACAGACUGUUAAAGGGGGAAACAUUAUAUAUGCUAUCUGAUUUGCAAAUGUUUGUGAUUCCCAGAUUAACAGAUGCCUAGCUAUGGAGUCUAUAUCCGUACAAAUGGAUGUUUGAAUAAAUGUGUCAUUUUCAUACUA